GGCCUUUGCCCAGCGCCCCGCGUCCCUGAGGGGCGGCGGAGGCGGCGGCGGCGGCGGAGCAGGCAGCUGGGGGGAUCCGGAAGUCAACACCAUGUUGAGUCUGCACAAGAGCCGGAUUGCAGAUUUCCAGGAUGUCCUGAAUGAGCCCAUGAUUGCCUUGGAAAAGCUUCGUGAACUCAGUUUUAGUGGCAUCCCCUGUGAGGGCGGACUGCGGUGCCUCUGCUGGAAGAUUCUCUUGAACUACCUCCCCUUGGAGAGAGCCUCAUGGACCUCCAUCUUGGCCAAGCAGAGGGAGCUGUACUCUCAGUUCCUGAGGGAAAUGAUCAUCCAGCCUGGCAUCGCCAAGGCCAACAUGGGUGUGUCCAGAGAGGAUGUGACCUUUGAGGACCAUCCCCUCAACCCCAACCCCGACAGCCGGUGGAACACGUACUUCAAGGACAACGAGGUGCUGCUGCAGAUCGACAAAGAUGUCCGGAGGUUGUGCCCAGACAUAUCCUUCUUCCAGAGGGCUACCGAGUACCCCUGCCUCCUCAUCCUGGACCCCCAGAAUGAGUUCGAGACCCUUCGUAAGCGGGUGGAACAGACGACGCUGAAAUCCCAGACGGUGGCCCGGAGCCGGAGCGGGGUCACAAAUAUGAGCUCCCCACACAAGAACUUGGCGCCCUCAGCCGUGAACGAGUAUGAGGUGCUGCCCAACGGCUGUGAGGCCCACUGGGAGGUGGUGGAGCGGAUUCUGUUCAUCUACGCCAAGCUCAACCCUGGCAUCGCUUACGUGCAGGGCAUGAAUGAGAUCGUGGGGCCCCUCUACUACACCUUUGCCACCGACCCCAACAGUGAGUGGAAAGAGCACGCCGAGGCAGACACCUUUUUCUGCUUCACCAACCUCAUGGCUGAGAUCCGAGACAACUUCAUCAAGAGCCUUGACGACUCACAGUGUGGCAUCACCUACAAGAUGGAAAAGGUGUACUCCACCCUGAAGGAUAAGGACGUGGAACUCUACCUGAAACUGCAAGAGCAGAACAUCAAGCCCCAGUUCUUCGCCUUCCGCUGGCUGACACUGCUGCUGUCCCAGGAGUUCCUGCUGCCUGAUGUCAUCCGGAUCUGGGACUCCCUGUUCGCUGACGACAGCCGCUUUGACUUCCUCCUCCUGGUCUGCUGCGCCAUGCUCAUACUGAUCCGGGAGCAGUUGCUGGAAGGGGACUUUACCAUAAACAUGCGGCUUCUGCAGGAUUACCCCAUCACAGACGUCUGCCAGAUCCUACAGAAAGCCAAGGAACUCCAAGACUCCCAGUAGCCUGGCAUCAAGAGGCGCGGGUUUGGGAGAGAAGCUCCCGCCAACCCCUGUGCCCUGGCUUCUGGGAUGUGCAGAAGCCCGUGGGGUCCCAGCCGAGGGGCCGCUGCAGGAUCGGCCUGCCCCAGGCCUCACCUUGGCCGCUCGCACCGGGGGCCCCGCUGUGCCCCGCUCUUUCCUAACCACCGAGCCCUGGCUCCUUCCCCCACCCCUCCAGCCCUGGACCCUUUGCCCAGGCUGCUGAGCAAGGCGGGAACUCAUGAGGUUGCUUCCUGGGGCUGGGGCUGGGGCAGACUGUGGACCCUGGGAGCUGGUAGGGGCCCUCCCUGCCCUGCUCUGCUGUUCCCUUCCUGCUCUCCUGCUCCGUCUCCUGGGCACUGGUCGGGGAGGUGCUUGGCAAAUGAGCCAGAAACUGCUUCUUCUGGAGGUUGGUGCUUGGGCUUCUCCACGGGGAAGGUGACACUGUGAAGGAGCUAAGAGGCUGCCAGGCCCAGGUCACACUCUCUCCCCUCCCCACUGAGUGUGUCUGUGUGUAGUUGUGGGUUGCUGUGUAUGUCUCUUAAUCCUCCUGGUGUCUGUCUGUGUGUGUGAGUGUGUGUGGUGUGUGUGGAGGGAGGUGACUCCUUCUAGGUCUCUGCUUCUCUUUGUCUUGUCACCUCUAUGCCUCCAUCCCCCCCUCUCUCCCUCCACCUCUUUCAUUGAGGGUGUGUGUGGCUCUCGCGCUGUCCACCCCUCCCUUGCUCUCCAUCUGCCCUCUCUUGGGGUGCCUUAUCCCCAGCCUCUCCCCCACUCUCCCCUCUCUGCUCAAGAACCCUGGAGACAGAAUGAAGAGUAUGGCUCAGCAUAGCUCCUGGAGGUCAGUCAGCCUUGGCCUUUGCAGCCUGUUCCUAUCCCCCAACUCUAGGCUCCCAGGGCUCCCAGUCCACAGUGCCUCACUUGAGGGCACUGAACCCGUGCCCAACCACAGAAUUCCUGGAAACCCAAAGCUGCUGAGAACUGAUGGCCCGUGAAGCUUUGAGCGUCACCCUCCUGUCCAGGGCGGGAGGAGGGAGUAGAGGAGAGCCGGGUCUUCCAGAGGUUCCCCCAAACGUCCUUCUCUCCCAAAGGAAAAAGGACAUUAAGGUUGGGAUCCAGGUGCUUCUAAGAUGUAGUUGUUCUCAUGGCUUCCAGGUGCCGACCCAGGGCAGGCGAGUCCCAAUAAAGGCAAGUGAGACUAAAGGGAGCUUCUGUGGGCCAAGCAUGGCUGAGCUCAAAGGCCUGGGUCCUGCAGGCCAGGAGAGCCACGUCUCCCGCAGGCAGGGGAGCUGAGGAGGUGCUGGCCCUUCUCUGGUCUCCUGCUGGGGCUGUUGCCAGGAUCUGGGGCAGGAUGGUUCUGAGUAGGGGCAGCUGGCUCCUCCCACACUGGGCUGUGGGAGGAGUGGGCUUAUUCUGACCAAGUCCCUUCCUCCUUUUGUGAGGAGGCAGGUGGUUUGCACCUGGAAGGCUGGGUAGUGUAGCACAGGUCCUCUUCAUCUUCCCAGACUGGCCUGCGGGGACCCUCAUGUCCCCCAAAGCCUUCCUGAGUCUGGCAGCCCAGACUUGUGGCUGUGGGCUGGGAACAGCUUCCCCUAGGCGGCUCCUUUCCAGGCUGUUCCUUGGAUGCUUCUGGGACUUCAUGCACUUGCCUUUUUCCUCCUCCUCUCCCAACACAGUAUUUGGGAGAAUUUUACUAUUUAUUCAGACUCCUGGUUAUUUAUUGAAGAUUGGUAAGUGCUUGAUUUGGGGAUGAAGGGUAGGGCUGGGAAGGUGGAAACCAGUUGGAGACAUGGUCUUCCUCCUGACCUUCCAGGGCCAGUCAGCAUUCUCUCCCUCUGCCUCUGGGACCUUCCUGGUUUUCCAGUAGGUCCUGUCUGAGAGGGCUCUGAGCUCUGUAACAGGAAACGAGAGAGCUGGUAUCCUUGCCAGCCUCCAAGACUCUGGCAUGGGGUAGAAAUACACUGCUUCCCAGCAGCCUGGCUCACCCUCUUCCCAGAACUUGUCAGCUGGUGGUUCAGUCCCAACUUGAUCCCUUCACAGCCUGAGGCCUGGGCCACAGCCUGGGACCCAGCAGACACUGCCCAGGACAUCUGAUGCAUUCCUUCUUGCCUGUCCUUAUGUCUGUCCUCCUGGGACCAUACUACUUGAAUCACUGCAUCUAAUUUGUCUCAGUGGCAGACCUGGGUCCAGUGCCCUCUCUGACCUUGUGAUGAAGGUCAGAAGAGCACAGGGACCAUGUCCAGGUUAGACUGAGCUCCCCAGUGGGAGGUCCUGCCCUUGGCAAUUGCCCCUCCCCAGACUCUCAAGGGAGGUCCCCAGAGAGCCAGCGACCCCGAGGGUUCCUACUUGGGAAGCUGCCUCCAGGACUUUGGACGCUUACAGAAUUAGCUGUAUGAAUUCAGCAGGUCUCACUCCAAGGGUCAGAAUGUUAUUCUGCUUUUUUUUCUUCAUCUGUUUUGUUUUUUGAAUCAAUGCUGUUGAUGACAAGUUGUCUUUAAUAAAUCAUAUGUUC